CUCAAGCUGUGGAGUGUGCUUCCAGCUUGUUGUUUGUUUGUCGGUACGUUCUCGAGCGCCGCAGCCCCGCGAGUGCCGGACGGGACACGGAGGCAGUGGCAGCAUGACCCAGCAGAUGAGGCGCCUGAACAGCCUGAACAGCGACAGGACUGAGAGCAACAGCAGCGAUGACGAGACCCGCAAGCAGCUUUUGCUCCUUCUCUCCAGCAAGCGGGUGCAUAAGGUCUUGAGGACAUGCCAACAGCAACUCUCUCGUGUGCCGGAAGCAGCCGAGCUGAGCCCGGCAAAGCUGCUAAAGAUCGUGGCUGAAGGGCACGCUCUUUGGAAGAAGCGGCGGGUGUGGGGCGCCUGCCCGGACGACACCUGGGGGCUCUUUCUCGAACACCUUGAUGACAUCUUGAAGCCUUACUGCCAGGGGUUGGCCCUGCUGUCAGAGGAGGACUGGAAGGAGGUGAAGUCCUGGUGUCGGAUCUCCCCACGUCAGCUGUGUGACGUCAUCGCAGCCAGUCUUGAGUUCCACCGAAUGCCUGAGCCCGCCCAAGUGAUGCUUGUCGCGGGAAGCUUGGAGAUGACAGCUGCAGCUGCAACUGCUGCUGCGACAGCUGCAUGCGUCUCCGCUUGAUUAGCUCGGCGCCCCUUUUCGGCCAGAACUGGGCGUCGACCUCUCCAGGUGAUUCAUUAAAAAAAAUGCAAGAGAGGCUCAGGGAGACUAAAUCGUCUCCGUCUCUGCAACUCACCUGGGGUUACUUGCAAUACUUGCUGGCUUGCUGCGACAAACAGUCUCCAGAGC